GAAGAACGGAGAGGUCCAAUUGAUCGCAGGGAGGUUUCUUUGCACUCGAGAGAAAAAGUUGGAAGUUCGACACUUGCCGUUAUCAAGAAGCCGGCAAGCGGCCAAUGAUUUCGCGAUGGCUGUCGACAAGGACUUCCAUGCUAGGCAACUGUCGCUCAUAAAGUCGGCAAGAUCCCUCGAACAAGACAAUACGAGAACGUUGAUCGAAAAAAUCAAUCAACUAUGGCCUAUUCUGUCCGCUGCGAUCGGUGGAAAAUCUUCUGCCGUCGAGGAGAGUAUAUUACGAUGGUUUCUUAAGCACAUGGACGACAAGACGGAAGACGCAGAACGACUACGACGAUACCCUCUCACUUGGACCAUUCUGGGAUGCUUAUGCGAGAGAAUAUCGUUGUUCUCUCUUGCCAAGAUAUUUAUAGAGCGUCGCUUUAUUACAGUUUUACAACAUACCGCGGAAAACCUAUCAAAGGCCAACAAGGAAGUCAACGGGUAUGUUGCGCCGAAGAGCAUCAAAAGGAAGAGGGAGGAGCCUACCUCGUGGGAAAUUGAGCACUUGCGAUCUUCGAAGACGUGCAUCGAGUCCGCUACGGAACUCUUCAAGGCCCUGGACCGGCUCAUGGCCCGUCUCAAUGGACCGAUGGGACAAAGGGCCGAAGACGACAUGAUAGGAGCGGAACACGUUAAGGCCCUUUUUCGAACCUCUGCCCAGGACGCCAAGACACUGGUGGCUCAUUUGCUCAGGAUAUGCGUGGGAUCCAUAGAGUUCUUGGAGACCGGGCUGUCGGAAGAGCAGAAAGACUGGAUCAGAGUCUUGACCACCAUUUGGGAUCUUCACCUAGGAAGUAAGGACGACCCAUAUGAAUUUGCUCGACACCUUUACUUGCCGUCAUAUUGUCUCCUGGGCAAGCUCAAGGGCACGGAGGGACUUGAUCCAAUUUAUCCCCUCCAAGGGGACGGAGCUGUUAGAGCCGUCUGGAUCAGGCAGCUCGAGCGCUUCUUGAUGAAAAAUAUGAUCAACCCGGCAAGGUCUGCUUUUACCAACGAAGACAGUCUUGAGCUCUUGUCUAGCGCAAAUGCUGUAGCUGGCGGGCGGCCAGUGGCAUCCUGCUUAACACUGUGGGCUCUAGCCGUCGAGACACGGCGCAACGCCGAGGACCCAACGUCAAGAAAAGCUCAUGAAUCAUGGACUCAGGCUGUUUUCGUGCAUCUACUGGAAUUUAUCGAAAGAAGUGAGUCUGCAGACGCGGCUACUGUUGCUCAAAUGCUUGACAUUGCCAUUCAGUCUUCACAUUCCUCGCCAGAUACCGACACUCUUCGCAACGUCUGCAGGAAAUAUGCACUAUCUUCGCCCGACAGCACUGACUGGAUGCUCGUUGAAAGAAUCAUUUUAUGUGAUCCUGACGUGUUCGUGUCUGACGAGACGACGCUUGACGGUCUUCUCGGCAGAAUCUCUGCGUCCACGACUGAUGACAAUGACAUCAUUGUGUCCGGAGUGAUCCUUCCAUUGAUGGAAGCGUUUUCUGCUGCCCGUGACUUGUCAGGGUUUGUCAAAAAGUGGUACAAAGGUCUGACCACUAUUGAAGAUGCCGAAGCCUCUGUUCGCACUUCAUGGUUUGAUUCACGGAUUCGCGUUCGGUUUGCAAGUAUUGUGCAAAGCGCUCUUACUACUAAGCAACUUCUCGGCUUGCUGGACUGGCUGGACGGCCGGGCAAGCGGAAAUGGGACGUCACUGGCUAUUUUGAGUGCAAUCUGCGCUGGAAUCACCGAUGAAGACAUGGUUGAUGCGGUGGGCUUGCGAUUAUUCGAUGCGGCCUUCCGGGGCACAUCCAGUGAUGUCCCAUCCAAGAUAUCGGCUUUGAGAUGGCAGAUUGCAGGGAUAACGGCAUCCCAACUUGCCUCCGACGAGAUUAACAGACUAUGGACACAGAUCGGGCCUAGCAUGUCCGACAUAGUCACGAAGAGUUCGGUGUCUGAUCCCGUCACAUUCGAAGCUUUCCGCUGUUGCUGCUACCUUUGGCGGGCUACCCACCCUAGCGGGAAAAACGAAGCAGAAGUAUCGAGGUCGGCUUGUGUCUUCCUUCGUAAGGUGGUCACUCAACUUGAAGACGGGAACAAGGAUGCAAGAGAUGGCGUUGUUGGGUCAACGCAGUACCUAGAAUUGGCAUUUGAACUACUUCUCAACAUGGCUGGAGGACCCGGGCCUGAAUCUUAUACUCUUCUAGAGCUUACUUCGAGGCUUUUCCGAGCAUGCAGUUCUCGUCUGAGGGUAGAUGACCAAGGGCUUACUAAACUUCGCGCCUUACUGCAAAAUCCAGCGAUUGCGGACUUUGAGUCUCUAGAAGCUGCUCUCAUAAACCCCAUCCUCGCUGAUCUUGAAGGGGAGGAUGGCACUUGUCAAUGGGCACAACCACAAAGCAUUUCGACGAUGUUGACUCUUCUCAGCUUUCACUCCGAGGCCUUUACUCGAGAACGCCGGAAAAGAAUUAUGUCAUCGUGGAAAAAAGAGAGAUUUGCAAUCGCUAAGAUGGCUUCUUCCAAUGCUCAAUACGCCAAAACCGUUCUGUCCUUGCUGGUAAUCGUUAUGCGAAAGCCAACUUUCUACGAAAACAUUGGAUUCAGGGACAUUCUCGAGUUUUCAUUGGCCAUGCCUCAUGGACCCCCUGAGAUCAUCGCUCUUCUGGAGAAAUUUGUUGAGCUCACUGUCAGUCAAAUGCUUGUUCAUCCAGAAGACUCCUCAUUACCGUACCUCAAGGAUGUGUCCCAAUACGUUGACGACUUGUCUGCUGAUGGAGAACAAAUACACUUCGUCUUAUUGAAGGCCAUUGUAUCUGUGAUGAAAAAAGCAACGCUCGCCAAGACUGCCACCACAGACUUGGAAAAGGUUACCCAAAAGUUGCUCCAGCUCAUUGAUUACCACCUAACGUCAACUAAUUUGAAAAAAAUCCAGAAGAUUGGCGAAGAUGACGAUAGACUCUUCCAACUUGCCAUGACGUUGGAUGCCACGGACUGCGUCAAAGAAGACAUAUCAGCUCGGCCCAUUAAAUUGACAUCCAAGACGGUCGAUAGACUAGAUACAGCUGCUGGUGUUUUCAUCACUAACGGCAAGGAGACGGGCUGGAAACUGCGGACAUUCCUGGCUCGAAACAGGAAAAAUCCACUCGAGCCCAAGGGUUUCAUUGAGCAGCUGGAUGAGGAAUACCCGAAGACUCCAAACAAACAGCUUGUCUACGACUUUGUGGACGCUGCUCUCAGAGAUGAAGAUGACAAUGCGAAGCUAGCAUUCCUAUUUCAAAUGAUGCACGCCAUCGGGGACAAGUGUUCGAGUGUGGGGCUCUUGGCCAUCAUGAAGAUUGUGGACAGGAUCCCAGGUUCAUCGGUCUUGUCAAUUCCUGUAGGAGACAAGGAGACCUUCGACCUAGCAAAACUCCACAAUUAUUUGGCUACCUUGCUCAGCAAAGCUACUUCGUUGGAACACUUUAAGAGUAUCGCGCAAAUUUCAGACCUGCUCCUCGACAAACACGCAAGCUCUCUAUCACAAUUUAGUGUUGAGCUCACAUUGGCACGCGUGGUGGCCAUAUGUUCUCCAGACGGUCCAACACUAGCCAGUGAGACGCCGGUUGCCGGUGAAGUCUUUGGGAAGCUAUAUCAACUAAUGGCAACCAUCAUCAAACGGCACCGCCUUCGACUGGAAGGCCGCCAACACGUCCUUCUCCCUGCUCUCCAGACCCUCCUGCGAGUUCUUCUUGCCAACCCCACAUCCGAUAAGAACACACCACCAUGGUUGGACGCGCCCCUAAAAGCAAGGCAUGCGGCCCUAUUCACCCGCCUCAUAACGCUCAUCUGCGAGCCCAGCGCCGCGACUGUGGCGAGGUCAAGGACGAGCUCCCUGGACUCGGCGGUCGACGCUGCGAAACGGUCGGCGGGGCAGUACAUGUUCUGGGUUCUGGCAGAUUACUUCAAGCUGCAGCUGGAGGGUGCGGGUUUGAUUUCGAGGGAGGUUAGGAACGAGCUCGCACCAGGGGUUUACUCGAUUUUGAGUAUUACGACGGAAGGCGGGAGGAGGACAUUGAACGAGGCCAUUGACGCGAGUGGAAGGGCAAUUUUCAGGAAGACGUUUGAUGAUUAUAAGAAGUUUGGGAAGUGGAGUGGUGUGUAGUCGCACACCGCAGCUCCACGGUAGUAAACACAGCUACUGUAAUGUUAGUUAGGCAAUUCCUUUUUUUUACAAUUGCGUCGUAGAAUGACCACCAGUGGGGUGAUGGUCCACCGGACACAAAUGUCAUGUUCAAAGCGGAGGCUGUGGAAGGUCCAGCAGAUUUGUUUGCUUUGCAGCCGCGGGGCUUCGUCGGACUAGGUAACGUCAACUCAAGCUACUGAUGUGUGCCUUGAAGAUGAACCACUUGGCAAGCCUCUCGUACUUGG